AUGAGCAGUGCUCAAGAUCUUCGCUAUGUGCGAUAUGAAAAAUCGCGCGAAAAUGAGUAUGUCGCCGCAAUGCGCCAGCUGAUCUCCAAAGAUCUGUCCGAACCUUACAGCAUCUACGUCUACCGCUAUUUCCUAUACCAAUGGGGUGACCUAUGUUUCCUCGCGAUGGACGAUAAAGAUGAGAUGGUCGGAGUCGUGGUAUCAAAGCUAGAGCCGCACCGCGGAGGCCCACUGAGAGGGUAUAUCGCCAUGCUGGCCGUGCGCGAAGAGUACCGCGGGCGGGGAAUUGCAACCAAGCUAGUGCGCAUGGCCAUCGAUGCUAUGAUCGAGCGGGAUGCAGAUGAGAUCGUUCUCGAAACUGAAAUCACCAACACCGGGGCAAUGAAACUGUACGAGCGGUUGGGCUUCAUUCGGAGCAAACAGCUCCACCGUUAUUACUUGAACGGAAAUUCGGCUUACCGACUUGUGCUCUAUCUCAAAGAAGGUGUGGGUGCGAUUCGGACAGCACUUGACCCGUAUGGUCUUCCACCACCAGUACCCGGUCUACCUGACACGUGCGAGGGACAUUCUCAUGCCAAUAUGGGGUCAUUAAUUUGA